AUGCAAGCUCCUCAGUCGUCUGGCCCUCCGCGAGGUGAGGGGCUGGCCGGUGCAGCGGCUGCUGCCCCUGAAAAUGGAAGACAAAGGCCGGAGGCGUCUGAACAUCGACAAGCGCCCGGAGCCUCAGCCUCUACAGUGAAUGCUCGUCAUCUUUGGAAUUCAUUGAUUCGAUGGGCCUUGCGAUCACCUUGCGGGGCCUUCAAGAGUUUUUUGCAGUCUUCUCUCAGACCUCCAGUUCAUGAUCGACAAUUUCAUACCCCUCGGUCGUUGUGGCCGAUUCCGCUGCCGCACCCUGAGAUGGUUCAGGGCGCCGGGGAAGCUGACCCAGCCUCCUCACCAUGGCAACGAUAUUCAAACAUUUUGAUUUUGACGUUGGACUGGCUUCAUCUUGGCAAACCCCCAGUGUGGCCUAAGACUUUCAAUGCUCGUGCAACCCUGACGGAGGAGCAACGCAGUGUUUUGGCAAGGUUGAAACAUCUGGCCGGUGAAUGGCUUCGCUUUGAGGAUGUUACCGCUGAAUCUAUGGGCCGGACUGCCGGCAAGGUGGAGAGCUUAGAGAAAUUGGUUGCUAGCUUGGAGCGCUCUGCAGUUGCUUUCGUGCCUGCUACCGGGUCUGGUAAGGGACCCAUGGGCUCUGGCUUGGACGGCUGCUCUCAGCCUUUGCACGUCGAGGAGAUUCAAGCUGCAAAACCAGUGGAAGCGAGCCGCCUGGCCUUCAAAGGUCGCCCCUCAUUUGACCCGGCGCCCUACCUGUCAGAACCUGCUCGAUCUUUGUAUGCAGACCCUUUGAAGUUUGCAAUGCAUCCUACUGAGCUGCUCGAGGAAGUUCCUGCUGUCAAGGUCCGAGGAAAUCGAAAAGAGAUCUUGGAUCUGCUAGCUGCCCUUGAUGCAACUCAGCGGCUUGCCCUGUUCACUCCUGAGGAGGUUCGCAUGAGCCACCGAGCUGGGAUGUUUGCGCUGAUGAAAAAUUUGAGUACGGACCGACUCAUUUUGGAUUGUCGGCCAGCCAACGCUCUUGAACCAGGGUUGAACGAUUGGACCCAGACUAUGGCAUCUUUGGUUCCUUUGCUUUCUUGGGUGGUCCCUCCCGGACACAAGGUAGUCGCUGCCGGCGAGGACCUCAAGGACUAUUACUACUACUAUAUGAUAACCCCCUCUCGAUCUCGACGAAAUGCCCUCGCAAUGACAUUGUCCAGAGCGGAGGCCAAGAAGUUUGCAGGCGCCUUCCGACGCGCCGAGCGCUCAUCGCCUGUGUAUGUGCCAGCUCUUGCGACGAUGGCUAUGGGAGACUUCAACGCAGUAGAGUUUGGUCAGCAGUCUCAUGUACGCUUAGGCCUUAUGCAUGGUUUGAUCCGUAUGACCGAUUUGCUCACUAUCCGUGGGAGGUUCCCUAGACAGAAUUGGGCCGCGGGCUAUGUCAUCGAUGAUUUCGUCGUAGUUGAAGCUCUCCCCCGAAGUCCCCUUCGUGCUACACCUUUUUCUACUCAGGUGGCUGACGAGAUGGCUCAGCUGUACGCUAGAGUGGGAUUAGAAGCCAACGACAAGAAGCGGUUUCGCGCCGAGGAAAACCCCCAGUUCUGGGGGAUCAGUAUUGAGGGGACGACUGGUCUCAUCAGGGCGCAGCUGGACCGAGUGAUCCCGUUGCGCUUCCUUUCAGCUCGCAUAGCCCGGGCAGGGGCUGCUUCGCGACACCUGCUCGAGGUCAUCGCUGGCUCCUGGACUGCAAUACUGCAAGCGCGUAAGCGAGGCAUGUGUUUGCUUGAGACCAUUUUCGCUGAGAUUCAAGAACAUGAGUACCACGAGGUUUUCAUAUGUUCUCCUCAACUCUGUGCAGAACUGUGGACUUUGACUGUUUUAGCCCCACUGUUCUGUUCGGAUUUGCAAGCCCAAGUGUCGCCGGAAUUUUACGUGGUCGACGCUUCUGAUGAAAAGAUAGCUGGGGCUCGCACGGUGCUCCCCGACGUUUUUGCUGCAGAGUUGAACCGGCACUCCAUGACUAAAGCUGCCUGGUCGCGGCUGCUCUCUCCUUGGAAGAGUUACCAGCGCAGUCGCGAUCUCUUGCUGCCCGAGGACGAAGUACCAACUGGCGAGGAGCCAGCGCAAGCUCAUCCUUUGUGGAGGCAGCUCUGCCGGUCGUGCAUCUUCGAGCACAGUUUUUGUUUUCGUGUCAAACCGACGAGACAUAUCAACUUGAAGGAAUUGCAAGCCAUGUUGCAUAUUGAGGCACAACAUGCUAGGCAGUCCCCCUCAUCACGCUGCAGCAUCGGCACUGAUUCUCAGGUUGUGUUAGGCGCUGUGGUCAAAGGCAGGUCAGCAUCGAGGUCCCUCAACUAUAUGUUGCAAAGGCAUCUACCUACGGUCCUUUGUUACAAUCUGUAUCCUGGGCACCAAUACAUCCCUUCAGCAGACAACCCCUCUGACGACCCCACAAGGGAUAGAGACCUUAGAGGCCCCUCAGAGGACAUCCCCAGUUGGCUGACAGCUGCAUUUGUUGGGGACUUCACUGCCCUGGAUGUCUUCCUCGCGCAGCAUGGAGCUGACGAGAGCGUUUUGGCCAGACUCCCUAGUUUUUGUGAUGCUGAGAUUCCACCUGAUGGGCUUGAAUCUGGCCGGGCCCUCAGAAGAAAGAUGCAUUCAGCAAAAAGAGAAAACAGAGCUGAAUCCGGCGGAGUCCACACUGCACCUCCGCCUGAUCGGGAAGCAUCUGGAGCAGGAAGCUCUAUGUUAUGGAGCGAGACUUCUUUUGGUGAACUGUCUCAACGAGCCAGUGCUGCGAUCGCGGGAUUGCCUCUGGAACAUUUCUGUUUUCCCCGAGAGUGGUCCUUGACCGAACGCAGACAGUCCCUAAAGCGACAAGGGGUGCUCGAUUUGUUUUCGGGCAGCUUGGGUUUGGCCAGAGCUAUUGCCAGGCAUCUCAAGUGUUGGGUGCUGGUGUAUGAUAUAGUGUUGGAUCCAAAGCAAGAUCUCCUUUCUGAAAAUGUACAACAGUUCAUUGAGAGUUUGAUGCUCCUCAAUUGUUUUCGAGCUCUAACUGCAGGACCAGUUUGCGCUAGUUUUUCUCGAGCAGUUCGGCCACCCGUCCGGUCGCGAGCCGCUCCUCGCGGGCUGCCUGAGCUGACACGGAAUAUGCAACGCAAAGUUGAGGACGGCAAUGUUUUCUCUGUUUGGUUAGCUAGGUUGGUCACUUCCGCACUCGAUUUCCCCCUCUUCAUCUUCAUCGAGAACCCUUGGCUUUCUUCCCUUUGGGAUCAACCGGAGUGGUUGCGGCUCAGUUCACGAAAGGACUGCGGGUUUUUUACGACAGAUUUCUGCACUUGGGGCACACCGUGGAGGAAACGUACUCGGUUUUUGACCAACACAGAGCUGAAGCAUGUAAAGCUCCUUUGUUCUUGUGAUCCUCCUGCACAGCACCUCCGCUUAGUUGGUUAUUCGUCAAAGCACCGGAAGCCUUGGACGAAAGUUGCUGAAUCCUAUCCGGCCCGCCUAAGUAAUGCAUUAGCCCUGUUUUUGCAUAACAGUUUGUUGCCCAUCGGACGCCGAAGACAGCUCGACAUAGCCGCCUGUGCCAAGUGCAAUUCUCGCAUCGGUGAAGCUUCUUUGCCGGGACCUCGUCCUCGGCGGGAACGACCUGAUGUUGAUUUGGAAACGGUUCAGUUGCUCAGUGCCCAGACCCUUCUGAUCCAACAGAGAGUUCGCUCGCUGUUCGCCUCUUGGUUGCAAACUGAGCUGACUGAGACGGCCUGGGAACAGAUCGCUGAGAGACCUGAGCUGUGGGUGGUUUUUCUCCGCGCGUUUGGGCGAUAUCUUUUUGUGAGUUCACAGCCUAUGUAUUUAUUUCGGCAUCUGGUUGUUUUCUAUCAGCGCACCUAUCCGACUUUUCCCGCUCCUUUGGUAGAUGCCUGGGAUUUGCUGUCUCGUUGGGAAAGGGUGCAACCGGUGGAACACAGAACUCCAAUGCCGAAAGUGAUAUUUGAUGCCAUGAUUUGUUUGGGCUGGUUGUGGGGAUGGUACAGAUUUUGUGCCGUGUCGCUGCUGGCUUUUCAUGGUAAGUUGCGAAUCAGCGAACCAAUUCGGGCCAGUCGCCAAGACCUCCUGCUUCCUGCAGAGACAGGCGCCGACAUUCGCGCAGCUUUCAUCAAUAUCACUAAGUCGAAAACUAGUCACAGAGGCCGCGGCAUUGUUCAGCACACCAAGAUCACAGAUGAAAUUGCGUUGUUAGCCAUUGAAAGAAUUUUUGGUCAUCUGCAGCCGCAAGAAAGACUCUACCCGGCUACCCCCAGCACCUACAGACGGCGCUGGGAUCGACUGCUCUCCACUCUGGGAGUUUCUUCGACAUGGAAGCUAACGCCUGGUACGUUACGAGCAGGCGGAGCCAUUCACGCCUACAACCGAGAUCCUCUGGCUGAUGCGCCUGAAGCAUUUGGUCACCCUGGAAAGCAGAAGGUGGCCUCGGAUGCCCUUGCUUGUCUAGCUCCACACAGCAAUCCUUCGGGCAGGCCAGGGAGUCAGUUUUGCACGCCAAAGCAAGGCUCUUUCAUUGAAACGUGCAGUACACCUGCAGAAAGAACAAUGGACAGAGUGAGGGAGGAACAGAGAGAGCAUGAGAGCAUGAGUGGGGCAAUAGCAGAAGUGCAGGAAGUUGACUUGGGUCAUGAGCCAGAGGCUGCAAAGGAAGAUGGCAGCGUAGAGGUCUCGGAAGAUGAGGAUGCGAAGCUCCUCACCGCCGGCAUCGCCAUGGAUGCCUUCACCGACGCCAGUGCUGCAACGGUGGAGGUCAUGACAGAUGCAGGGCCACCGAUGGAGAUUGUUCCAUCAGCUGAAGGACUCAGCUCAGCCCUUCCAGAGAAGCCCAAGGACGAGGUCUCUCCGAGCACUCCGGAGGUACCGGAGGUACCCACCACCACCGUGCGGCGGCCAUCGAUUCGAAGAGAUUCGACCCUUUUGGUUCCAAGUCCCAGAGCGCUGGAUGCAGAGAUCAUGCAAAGCAAUUCAGAUGAGGAUGCUGCAGAGGGCACUGAUUCCGCCCCUUUUGGCAUCAUGGUCACAGAUGCAGAGUCUCGCAAGAGCGUGGUUCUGGUCGAGCCACCUGUCUUCGCACCCAAGCUGCACAUGUCCGCUUCAAGAGGAAGCGCAGGAAGAGACACAGGUUGGCUUGGAGUUCCAGUUUGUCUAACCAACCAAGCAGCGCAGAGCGAGAGUAGCAGAGGAAAACUCAAGAGGUCAAGAACAGAAGAACAAGGAACAAUAAAGUCUCUGCGAGUUCCCGAGAUUCGUGGCUUGAUGAAGGAUCAAUCUGCACCAGUUGUCCUUCAGGCACUUGGAGAAGUAUAUAGCAACUCCCUGGUUCCCCACCUUCAGAAGUGGCAUGUCUUUGAAAGCUGGCAGGUUGAAGAUGAGAAUGAUGAUGAACCUGAAGCUGAGCCUUGGACAAGAAAGAUAGAUCAGAUUCAGAUGAAGCCGGUCCAAGGUUUGUAG